AGGAGCCCCUCCUUCUGACUGCGUCCUCACGUCAUCACGUCGUCGGCUGCAGUCAUGGCGGCGCACAUCAGCACCCUGUCGCUCCCUAGACUACUGGUCGCUGCAAAGAAUGCAUCGCUCCACGCCCGAUGGCAGGCGGUGGCCCACUCUGCCGUCCGCUACUCCACCGUCCCGGUCCCUCAGGAGAAGACCUUUGAUAAAAUCCUCAUCGCCAACCGAGGAGAGAUCGCCUGCAGGGUGAUGAAGACGUGCAGGAUGAUGGGGAUCCAGACGGUGGCGGUGCACAGCGACGUGGACGCCAGCGCGGUGCACGUCAAGAUGGCCGACCAGGCGGUGUGCGUCGGCCCGGCACCGACCAAUCAGAGCUACCUGAACAUGGACGCCAUCAUGGAGGCGGUCCGCAGCACCGGCGCCCAGGCGGUCCAUCCAGGCUACGGCUUUCUGUCGGAAAACAAAGAGUUUGCGAGGCGUCUGGCAGCGGAGGGCGUGGCCUUCAUCGGGCCGGACACGCACGCCAUCCAGGCGAUGGGCGACAAGAUCGAGAGCAAGCUGAUCGCCAAGGCUGCCCAGGUCAACACCAUCCCGGGGUUCGACGGCGUCGUCGAGACGGUGGAGGAUGCGGUGAGGAUCGCCCUGGACAUCGGUUACCCGGUGAUGAUCAAAGCUUCAGCCGGAGGAGGAGGGAAAGGCAUGAGGAUAGCCUGGAACGAAGAGGAGACCAGGGAUGGCUUCCGCUUUUCCACUCAGGAAGCGGCCUCCAGCUUCGGUGACAGCAGACUGCUGAUCGAGAAGUUCAUCGACAACCCCCGACACAUAGAGAUACAGGUGCUGGCUGAUAAACACGGUAACGCUCUGUGGCUGAACGAGAGGGAGUGCUCCAUCCAGAGGAGGAACCAGAAGGUGGUGGAGGAGGCUCCCAGCACCUUCCUGGACGCGGACACCCGCCGGGCCAUGGGGGAGCAGGCGGUGCAGCUGGCCCAGGCGGUGCAGUACUCCUCCGCCGGCACCGUGGAGUUCCUGGUCGACUCCCACAAGAACUUCUACUUCCUGGAGAUGAACACUCGGCUGCAGGUGGAGCAUCCAAUCACAGAGCUCAUCACUGGGCUGGACCUGGUGCAACAGAUGAUCCGCGUCGCCAAGGGUUACCCCCUCCUCCACAAACAGGAGGACAUCCCCAUCAACGGCUGGGCCAUCGAGAGCCGCGUCUACGCAGAGGACCCGUACAAGUCCUUCGGCCUCCCUUCCAUCGGCAGGUUGUCUCAGUACCAGGAGCCGUUGAACCUCAGCAACGUGCGUGUGGACAGCGGCAUCAGUGAAGGAAGUGACAUCAGCAUCUACUACGACCCCAUGAUCUCCAAGCUGGUCACCUACGGGGCCACGCGGGCGGAGGCCCUCUCCAAGAUGGAGGACGCCCUGGAUAACUACGUCAUCAGAGGUGUGACCCACAACAUCCCUCUCCUGCGGGAGAUCAUCACCCACCCCCGCUUCAUCUCCGGGGACAUCAGCACCAACUUCCUGCCGGAGGUCUACCCCGACGGGUUCAAUGGUCACCAGCUGACGGCGGGGGGGCAGAGGGAGCUGCUGGCUUCGGCGGCCGCGCUGCACGUCUCUGCACAGCUGCGCUCGCAGACCUUCCUGGGCACGCUGAGGGUGUCCGCCUCCUCCCAGGAGCGGCGGCGCUGGGACCUGUGUGUGGAGCUGGGGGGAGAGCGCCACCCGGUGGUGGUCUCCAGAACAGGACAGACCUACACGGUGGAGGUGGGGGGAGAGAGCCUGGUGGUGAGUGGGGAGUGGGAUCUUGCCUCCCCCCUGCUGCCCCUGAAGAUCAACAACACUCCCAGGAUGCUGCAGUGUCUGUCCAGGACUGCGUCUGGGGACAUCUGUCUUCAGUACCUGGGAACAUCGUUCAAGGUGCGCGUCCUGUCCCCGCUGGCUGCUGAGCUGAGCUCCUUCAUGCCGGAGAAGGUUCCAGAAGACACCAGCAGCAUCCUGCGCUCGCCCAUGCCGGGCUCCGUGGUGGCCGUGUCCGUCAAGCCCGGAGACACGGUGGCCGAGGGCCAGGAGAUCUGCGUGAUCGAGGCCAUGAAGAUGCAGAACAGCAUGACGGCGGCCAAGACUGGAAAGGUGAAGAGCGUCCACUGCAAGGCCGGAGAGACGGUGGGAGAGGGCGAUCUGUUGGUGGAGCUGGAGUAGAGAUACACCGUCCUUCGGAGGCCUUUUAAAAUCAUCUGACUCCACCCCUCACACCACCAGACCCCUCCAGCCUCGGCCACCUCCACCCUCUGGUCACCUCCACCCCCUCUGACGGCACCAGACCCCUCCGGCCGCGGCCACCUCCGACCCGGCCCCCCCAGCUCCUCAUGCGACCAGGGAGAACCUCCAUCGGCCAACGGAUUUGGUUUGACAGAGUAUCCAAGUGAACCUUCUCCGUCGUGUUCCAUCCUUCUUUCUCCCGCCAUUGCACUUGGCUCAGACCUGGGCUACUACCUCCAUGGACUGUAUGGUGUGCCACAGGAAGUACCCGGUCUCACUUCCUGUCCGUCAGUGCAGUACAGGAUGUGUCGGACCGCUGGGGGGGGGGUGGGGCUUACUCCCAUAGCGUCACAGUCGUGCCUUUCUCCCUCCUCUAGUACAAACCCCCCUAAAGUGAUUACCUUUGGUGUUUUUGUAACGUGUUAAAUACUGUAGAUACUGUAGAUUGUGAAAGAAGUGUUACGAGAGGCGUGAAUAAUAAAGACAAAGGUCUCCAUUGGAAUGAACAGGUCGUCCCGUAUCAUUUCACCUACCGACGAGCAGUGAGCUUCUGGGAGUGAAAGAGACUCCGUUCACCAGAGAUCGUUAAUAGACGGUACUAUGCAGUAUUGACUGUGUACCCAACUACUACUGUUGGUUAGGGGGUUUACCUGUGUUAGGGGGUCUUCCUGUGUUUCCAUGAUCGGUUUGGACCCCCUUUGCUGGGUUCCACUGCUUUUCCUAUAACCUACACACACAAUGUUGAAUCGACUCUGGGCUCCUUCUAGCUGAUUGGUCCUUUUUGUUUGAACGUGAACUGAGAAGUGGGCUGUAAAAUGGGAUUAUGGGGGACCGGCCAAGACAAAGGAUGUACCUCCCCUCUCCUCUUACCCUAUUGGUUGGUUCACCGUGGAAAUAUGCACACAAAAGAAAUCGGUACAAUUCCAUUUAAAUUCCAAUGUAUUUAUAGGACACUAAUAAAAUUUGUCUUCCAAAUUGCAA